GAGAAAGGGAGACAAACAGACCAGGAAUGUCUCUGAUGGGAGGACCGAGGCCGAGGGAGACGGAGGUACAGAGAAGGCGAAGGGUGAUCAGCCGCGUCGCCUGUCUUCGGCUCUUCCCGGCCGCGCUCGUACUCCUGCUCAUCCCGUGUGCGCAGUCCUGGAAGCAGAGGGUUCCCAGGCUCAAGCUCUCCCACAAAGAGCUGCUGGUGUCGGGAGGCUUUGGGGAGUUCCUGGGCUCGGAGGACGGACACAACUACCAGGCGCUGCUCCUGGACGAGGAGAGAGGGCGGCUGCUGGUGGGAGCCAAGGAUUCGGUCUUCUUAUUACACCUGGAUCACAUCAACCGCAACCCCCGACAGAUCCGUUGGCCCGCAAACAGAGAGCAAGUGGAGAUGUGUCAACAAACCGGGAAACACCCCCACAGAGAGUGCGCAAACUUCAUCAGAGUCCUCCACAACUAUAACAAGACUCACGUCUACGCGUGUGGGACAGGAGCCUUUCAUCCCACAUGUGGCUACAUCGAAAUGGGGCCCUGGGACCAGGAGCCUGUUUUCCAUCUGGAUACGGACAACCUCGAGUCUGGCAGAUUGAAGUGUCCCUUCGACCCCAAACAGCCAUCUGCCUCCGUGAUAUCAGACCAGUACCUGUACACUGGGACAGCGUUGGACUUUCAUGGGCGAGUCACUGUCUUCACACGGUCACUGGGACCAACUCCCAUUCAGAACUACAUCCUGACUGACCUCUCUGAGCACCACUGGCUGAACGAAGCGAAGUUUGUGGGAGCGUUCCCCAUGCCCGACACCUACAACACGGAUGACGAUAAAAUUUACUUCUUCUUCCGGGAAACGACGCACGAGAGCGGAGCAUCGGAUAAGGCCAUUCUGUCCCGAGUGGCUCGUGUGUGUAAGAAUGACGUGGGGGGCCAGAGGAGUCUGAUCAACAAGUGGAGCACGUUCCUGAAGGCACGGCUGGUUUGCUCCGUUCCGGGGCCUGACGGAGUCGACACAUAUUUUGAUGAACUCCAGGAUGUGUUUGUGUUGCCGACCAGAGAUGAUAGGAACCCGGUUGUGUACGGAGUCUUCACCACCAGCAGUUCCAUCUUCAAAGGCUCCGCUGUGUGUGUGUAUAAGAUGGCUGACAUCCGGGCGGUCUUCAACGGGCCGUACAGCCACAAGGAGGGGCCCGACCAUCGCUGGGUGGAGUUUGAGGGACGGAUCCCGUACCCCAGGCCCGGCACGUGCCCCAGCGAGACCUACGACCCCUCGAUCACGUCCACAAAGGAUUUCCCGGACGCUGUGAUCGGCUUUUCCAGGCGGCACCCGGUCAUGGCCCGGUCAGUGCACCCGGUGAACGGGCGCCCGGUGUUCACCCACGUCACCGCAGACCAGCGGCUCACGCACAUCACCGUGGAUCAGGUCACGGCCGAGGACGGGCAGUACCAUGUCAUGUUCCUGGGGACAGAUACGGGGUCAGUGCUGAAGGCCGUGAGCAUCGUGAAGGAGGACUGGACGGCAGAGGAAGUGGUUCUGGAGGAGAUGCAGGUCUUUAAGGUCCCCUCUCCUGUCCUCAGAAUGGUGAUCUCCUCAAAGCAGCAGUUGCUGUACGUUGGCUCAGGUGCUGGUCUGGUCCAGUUGCCCCUCCACCGCUGUGGUGUUUACGGGGCUGUGUGCGCCGAGUGCUGUUUGGCCAGAGACCCCUACUGUGCCUGGGACGGUCACUCCUGCUCCCGCUACACCCCCACCGCAAAACGACGCACGCGGAGGCAGGACGUGAGGCACGGGAACCCGAUCAGUCAAUGCUGGGACCUGGACGACAGUUCCGUGCGGGAAACUGCGGAGGAGAAGCUGAUCAUCGGGAUUGAGCUGAACGCCACGUUCCUGGAAUGCAUUCCCAAAUCCCAGCAGCCUUCCGUCCACUGGGUCGUGCAGAGAUCACGGGGGGACCAUCGCGAGGAGGUAAAGGCGAGCGAGCGGAUAAUCCAGACGGAGUACGGGCUGCUGAUCCGCAGUGUGCGGAGCACGGACGCCGGGCUGUAUCACUGCCGCGGGGAGGAGCAGUCCUUCACCAGCACCAUCGCCAGCCUCCAGCUCAAGGUCAUCACCAACGGUCACAUGGCGGGGGCCCAGCGGGCGGGCGAGGCUGGCGAGGGGCAGGAGGGGGCUGGCAGAGCCUGGGAGCUCCCUGCCGAGCCCUGGCCCCCCCGCUACAAGGACUACGUGCAGCAGGUGGGGGUCCGCAGCUUCCCGGCCGAGGAUUACUGUCACCAGCUGUGGCUGAGGGAGCGACGGAGGUCUCGCCCCCGGGGCAACACCGGCAAAUGGAAACACGUCCAGGAGCUGAAGAGGAACCGCAGCCGAAGGCACCACAUGUAA